AUGACUUCCACUGUCACGAGCCCACCGAGCACUACCGCCUGUCUAAAAGCUCCAUCAGGAAGAUUGUUUUCUCAGGGAACGGAUGUCUACUAUGGCGAUUUCCGAGACGACCUUCUCAGAGACGGAUAUGCUGUCGUGAAAGGCGCCGUGGCCCGUGAGCGAGCGUUGGGGUAUGCCAGCGAUGUAUACCAAUGGCUAGAAGAUUUCAAUCUCGGCUUCAAUCGAAAUGACCCCAAAACAAUCCACAAAGAUCACCUUCCGGAUAUCAAUGAGAAAGGCAUGUGUCUCGGCUAUGCAAUUUCUCACGAAUCCUUCACUUGGGCAGUUCGACAAGAGCCCGGCGUUAUUGAGGCAUUUGAGAAAGUUUACGACACCGAAGAUCUGAUUGUCUCAUUUGACUCGGUCAACAUUGGAUUUCCGAACCGGAAAGAUGUCAAACCCAAUUCCCCAUGGCCACAUCAGGACCAAGAUCCUGAGAAGCCGGGAUUUCGUUGCUUGCAAGGCCUGGUAAACUUGCUACCAAAUGGACCCAAAGAUGGGGGCUUGAUUGUUUGCAAGGGAGCGCACUUGCUCAGCGAGGAGUUCCAUGCGAACUUCAAAGAAGAAGAGAGAAUUUGGUCUUGGACGACGGAGUGGUACGGAUUCACCAAAGCUGGACAGAGCUGGUUGAAGGAAAAGGGCUGUGAGUGGGUAAAGGUGGAAGCUGAGCCUGGCGACCUGCUUCUUUGGGACUCUCGCACUCCUCACUACAACGUGUCAUCAGAGACCUCACAGGAUAGAUUCUGCGUUUAUACUUGCUUCAUGCCUGUCGCGGACGCAACAAAGGAGCAACUUGAGACCAAGAAGAUGGCAUUUGAGGGUAUGAACUUGCUUGUGCCCCGUGAAAACAAAAACUCAUCUCACACUCGGUAG